GACAUCUCGCGUCUGUUUUCUAAUUGCGGUUUGACACGUAUAUGACACAUGACACGUAUACCGUACCGUUUCCCUCUGCAUUUAGGUGUACCUAAAUGUCACUGAACUUUGACAGGUUGAUUAUUUGCGCGUGUUUUUUUCAAUCUUAAUUUUAGAUCAUAAGAAAACUUUUUUCUUGGUGCAUCGUGUCGCAAACAACUGAGAAAAUGAGCACGAUAACAGAACAGCCGUGUUACACACUGAUAAACACUCCGACCGACACGGAGCCGCUGAACGAACUCCAACUGAAACAAGAUCUCGAGAAGGGCAGCGUUCAGACGAAGGUCGAUGCACUCAAAAAGACAAUUCACAUGAUCCUGAGUGGUGAACGAUUACCGGGGCUCCUGAUGACAAUCAUUAGGUUUGUCUUGCCCCUGCAAAAUCACACUAUCAAGAAAUUAUUGCUGAUAUUUUGGGAGAUCGUGCCAAAGACCUCCGCCGACGGCAAGUUGCUGCAGGAAAUGAUCCUGGUGUGUGAUGCAUACAGGAAAGAUCUACAGCAUCCCAACGAAUUUGUUAGAGGAUCUACUCUCAGAUUCUUGUGUAAACUGAAGGAGCCGGAACUUUUGGAGCCACUGAUGCCAGCGAUAACUGGUUGUCUGGAGCACAGACACUCUUACGUUAGACGUAACGCGGUACUCGCCAUUUUUACCAUAUAUAGAAAUUUUGAAUUCCUUAUACCAGACGCUCCGGAUCUGAUUGCCAAGUAUUUGGAUGGGGAGCAAGAUAUGUCAUGCAGAAGAAAUGCAUUUUUGAUGUUGUUGCAUGCUGAUCAGAGUAAAGCUCUCUCGUAUUUAGCCGCGUGCCUCGAUCAAGUGCCGAGCUUUGGUGAUAUACUACAGUUGGUCAUUGUUGAAUUAAUAUAUAAGGUUUGCCUUGCAAAUCCAUCGGAAAGGGCACGUUUCAUUAGAUGUAUUUAUACUUUGCUAAAUUCACCCAGCGCUGCAGUGCGUUAUGAAUCAGCUGGCACGUUGGUGACUCUAUCCAAUGCGCCAGCUGCGAUCAAAGCUGCGGCUUCUUGCUAUAUCGAAUUGGUUGUCAAGGAAAGUGACAAUAAUGUUAAGCUCAUCGUUCUGGAUCGGUUAAUUGCGAUGAAAGAUAGUCCCGUGCAUGAACGGGUACUUCAAGAUCUUGUAAUGGAUAUUCUCCGAGUUUUAGGAUCACCUGCCUUGGAAGUCAGGACAAAAACCUUGGCUUUAGCUAUGGAUCUGGUUACAACUCGUACAAUCGAGGAAAUGGUGCAGCUUUUGAAGAAAGAAGUUCUUAGGACAGCCGGUGGAGAACACGAGGAUGCUGGCAGGUACCGCCAGCUCUUGAUACGUACUCUCCAUACUUGUUCUAUGAAGUUUGCAGACGUUGCUGUUACCGUCAUUCCAGUAUUGACAGACUUUCUAUCUGAGAGUAACGAAGCAGCUGCUACAGAUCUUCUUGUAUUCAUUCGCGAAGCCAUUCAGAGAUUCGAGAAUCUCAGACCAUUGAUCAUCGAGAAAUUGUUGGAGGUAUUUCCACAUAUACGAUCCGUAAAAGUACAUAGAGCUGCACUCUGGAUUCUUGGCGAGUACGCCACAUCGAAAGAGGACAUAGAAGCUGUGAUGGGUCGUAUACGAGCGGCAUUAGGUGAACUGCCAUUGCUUGAAGCGGAAAACAAACGUCAAGCUGGCGAAAAGUCCGAAGAUGCUAACUCACAAGCUACACCUGCGCAACUCGUUACGUCCGAUGGCACUUAUGCAACUCAAAGUGCUUUUAGUGCUGCUUCUGCACGGAAAAAGGAAGAAAAGCGACCAGCAUUAGUACAAUACAUGAUGGAAGGUGAAUUUUUUAUUGGCGCAUCUUUGGCUACCACAUUAGCAAAAUUAGCUCUCCGUUACAAGAUACUCGAAACUAACAUUCAAAAGAGCAACAGAUUGCAGGCGGAAGCGAUGUUUGUAAUGUCCAGUGUAUUACAGCUAGGUCGUUCGGGUCUUCCCAUGAAAGCAAUGACGCACGACGAUGCUGAGAGGAUCUCUCUUUGUCUCCGAUCCCUCGCUUGCCCGACGCCUGUUGUACAAAAAGUUUUCACUGAAGGAUGCCGCGACGCGCUCGGUAGAAUGUUAACAGCGAAAGCAGAGGAAGACUCGCAAAAUCAAAAGGCCAAGGAAAAGCCAGGCAAUAUUGUUCAAGUCGAUGACGCGAUUCAAUUCUUACAACUAAGCCGAGGAUCUGAUUUGGCCGGUGGAGCUGGCGAUAUGUUCGAACAAAGCCUUAGCGCCGCUGUAGCAGGACGUCCUGGCGCUAGCGGAGAUGCUCCGAGCGCUUUGAGUAAAGUCAUUCAACUUACUGGUUUUUCGGACCCAGUUUACGCAGAGGCCUUGGUUCAUGUUAAUCAGUACGACAUUGUGCUCGACGUUCUGAUAGUUAAUCAAACGGAAGACACGCUGCAAAAUUGUACAUUAGAACUGGCUACGUUGGGCGAUUUAAAACUGGUGGAGAGACCACAACCUAUUGUACUUGCGCCUAGGGAUUUUGCUACUAUCAAAGCAAACGUGAAAGUUACAUCUACGGAAAACGGAAUUAUCUUUGGAAAUAUUGUUUAUGACGUAUCAGGAGCGGGCUCUGAUCGAAGUGUAGUCGUUCUUAACGAUAUACACAUUGACAUUAUGGAUUAUAUAGUGCCUGCGACAUGCACUGACACCGAAUUCCGUCAGAUGUGGGCUGAAUUCGAAUGGGAGAAUAAGGUCUCUGUCAAUACGACUUUGUCUGAUUUGAGAGAAUAUCUUGCACAUUUAUUGAAAUCCACGAAUAUGCGCUGUCUCACACCGGAAAAGGCUCUUUCAGGACAAUGUGGAUUUAUGGCUGCAAAUAUGUAUGCCAAAUCGAUAUUUGGCGAGGAUGCAUUGGCGAAUUUGUCCAUCGAGAAACCACUGAAUAAACCUGAUGCACCAGUUGUUGGUCAUAUUCGUAUUAGAGCAAAGAGUCAAGGUAUGGCUCUAUCCUUGGGCGAUAAGAUUAAUUCGGCGCAGAAAGACCCGCUGACUAAAGUUGUGCAAGUCGCUUGAAUUGCAGUUCAACUGCGUUUCAGCAAAAUUCAUUUUGCAUAGAGCGGUUGAAUUCCUUGGUUUAGACAACUAGUUUUAUGGAAUUUACAGAAAAUUAUUAUUUAAUGAUUUUUACAUAUUUGUGGCAUAAACCAUAUCAUUUAGAUAACACAAACGUUCCGUCUUUUCAUAGGCUCCUUUUAGAUUUGUGCAUUAUUUAACAAUCGAAAUACAUUGGUCUUAUUCAUAUGAAUCAGUUACAACAGAGUACAUAUUAAUUUGUAUGUUUAAUUACAUUACAUCUCCCAACUUGUUGCAAGUAUGCAAUUAGUGUCGUACAUAAGUAUAGAAUGUAUUCAUAGAAGUAAAUAAAUAUACGCAAUACUUUACGUAA